AUGGCGCCCUCAAGAGCCGCAGAAAAGGAGGCAGAAGUCCCACGACUACCUAUGCCCAGCAGGAAUCCAAUGCCAUUGAGUUCAUCACAGGAAGCGCAGGUUAGAGAGGUAUAUCAUGCGAGAGUGAGGGGUUAUUGUGCCACGGAGAUCAAGGCAUUCGCCGAUUGUGCCCUCGGCCGCACCUUCACAGCACCAUUCAAAUGUCGAGCCCAGAACCGAGUCAUGAAUUCAUGCAUGAUAUCUCAUUCUUCCCAAGAUGAACAGGACGCUGCGAGGGAGGAGUGGUUCGCGUUGCGGUUGCAGAGGCAGGUGGACCGGGAGAAGAAGGAAGAGAGGAGGAAGGAGCAAGAGCGGUUCCAUAAGGAGUGGUGGGGCUUGCCGAUUGAGGAACGAGAGGGCGAGAAGGGGAAUGCGGUAAUGAAGAAGGCGGAACGGGUGGGUGGCUUCCCGUCACGGGAGAGGGAGGGGGAGUUGAGUAAGGAUAGGCACAGGUGA